AUGACUCUCGACCUAAAGGCCGACGUGAUGACCUUGGGGAGAAAAGCCGGAUUGGGCCACAAUUCCACCAUGCCGUCGCCCUCUCCAAAGGACAGGCAAGACGCAUGGACCGAGAGCGCACACAAAUCGCCCGCCCUCUUAGCAGACGCCAACGCCAACAAGAGGGCCGUCUUAAAAGCGACACACUCGGGACUCGCUUCCGCCGCCGGUUCAAAAGGCGGACCCGACAGCCCCCUAAGGACCACCCUGAGGUCCCAAACCGGGGGCGUUCUCUGGAGCGGGGGCCUCCUCCUGCGCGCCCCCCCGCAGAAAACGUUUAACCAACGGAUGAGAGCGGGCUGUGAACCCCCCGAAUCCGUCGUGACCCGAAGUAAUGGCUGCCGCGAACACCGCCAAGGUGGCGACAGCCCUCCCCUUGUCAAAGAGCUCCUGUAG